AUGAAGACUUGUUUUCUCGUUACAUUCCUGUUGGCAGCAGCGGUCUGCACCCACAGCCUUGAAGAGGUGAAAGACUCCAACGGAAAUCCAGUUAAGGUCGGUGCAAAAUACUUCAUCCAGCCGGUUAAGACCGAUAGUAACAACGGUGGUGGUCUUGUUCCAGCCGCCACUAACAUACUCCCGUUUUGUCCACUUGGCAUCACCCAAACAAUUCUUCCCUACCAACCAGGCCUGCCGGUUAGCUUCGGAUACCAUCCAAACAUUCUUGGCCGGUACAACGUUGACACAUCUAGCGAUAUAAACAUCGAGUUCAGGUCCGAGAUAUGGCCUGUCUGUAACGAGUUUUCCAAGUUGUGGGCAGUCGAUCCCUCAUCCACGUCCAAGGAGCCUGCCGUUAUCAUCGGUGGUGACCCGAAGAGCCCAAAUAGCGCGUUUAAGAUAGAAAAGGCUACUGGAUCACACACUUAA